CCCAUUCAAUCAGACCCUCGCCCGGAGACAGAGCACACACACCUAGCACCCGGACUCAAUUCCAGAUCCCCAGUUCCCAGAUUCCUAGCUCCCAGAGCCCCAAACAAUGGCCGACGGCUUCAAGAAGUACUUCAAUGGGACAACCAUCAACGGACGCGCUAACGUGGCCAAGGCCACAUACGCCACGUUGGCCCUGCUGUUCGUCAUCUACAAGAUGCGCCGCGGAUCCGGCAAGUCCUCCAGCGAGCUGGCCAGCGGCAAGUGCAGCUGCGAGGCGGACCAGGAUCCGUCGGUCAACAGCGACAUAGGCGUCUAUGGCGUGGAUCCCGACUGCUCCAUUUGCCGGGAGCGUGCGGAGCGGGCGAUGACCGAGUACGAUCGCGAGCAGCAGCGCCGGUCGGCGGGUGAGGAUGACAAUGGCUGCCGGGACGAUCCGCCGCCGCCGCCGCCAGCGCCUCCUGCAUCCGGAGGAGCAUCCGGCUCGGCUCCGCGACGCAAGUGUCCCUGCGAGGAGCCGCAGCGGCGUGCAGAGGGAUCCCUGAAGCACAGCAGCAACAGGGCGCGUGGCCAGCAGAUCCAGCCGCCCUAUCAGUACCACCAGUACGCGCAGCCCGAGGCGGAGCAAGUGCGUCCGGCCAGCCAGGUGAUGGGCCAGGUGCACGACGCCUUUUAUCGGGUGCUGCGAGGAGUCGUUGGGGCUGUUCUGGGCAAUGCGGCGGUCAACACCAGCGGGGCAGGUAGUGCCAACGAUGCAGUCGCAGUUGGAGUCUCUACGGAUGAGCUAGAGGAGGACGAGCGAGACGAUGGUCAGGACUACGAGAACGGCGAUGAGUCGCCGCUGAAGCGCCGCACCGCUCCGCGCUCUUGUGUGCCCACCAGCGGCGGCCAGGAGAACGCCUCGGGGCAGCCGGAGGAGCUGAGCCGGGAGCAGGCAGGUGCCCAGGCGGAGGAGCAGGCCGAGUACAGCGCCUUCAGCGAUGGCUUCGCCUCCGGGAUGUAUUUCACCAGCGACGAGAAGUAGGUGGCACUAUGCCUCUUGGGAUCUGCUAAAUUUUUAGUUUAAAAUAAAAAUGAAAAAAGGA